AUGGCGGUGAGUCCCGCGGAGCUGACGGAGGAGGAGAAGAGGAUCAUCAGCGGCGUGCUGGAGAGAGCUGAGCAGCUGGACGCACAGGAACAACAGCGCAUCGGGCGUCUGGAGCAGCAGCUGUGCAGUGUGCGUCUGGCGGCGCGUGGUGACGGGGCCUCCUCAUGCCUCCUGUGCUCAGCCGCCCUCGGGCCCAACGCACUGGCCUGCGAACACUGCAGAAAGUUCGUGUGUAACCAUUGUGGUCUUCAAAGAGGUUCGCGAUCCUUGCGGCUUUGCAGAAUUUGCAGCGAGGAAGAUGAGGUGUCCAGAAGAUCAGGUGCGUGGUUCUUCAAGGGGCAGCCCAGACAGAUGACUCCGCCCCUUCCCCGUGCCACGCCCUCUCCAGCCUCCACUGGACCAAUCAGAGAUGCUCAAGUCACAUCCACAACAACAAAGGCCCCACCCAGUCAAUCGAGAACCACACCAACCAACCACCGCACACCCACCACAUACCAAGAUUCUAGAACCUCAACUGAAGAUUCUAGAGCCCCAACUGCAGGCAUAGUGGCCCCGACUUCAGAGUCCAGAGUCCAGAGUCACAAUGCUGUCACAGUAUCACCUGCGUCCCCAAGGGAUGUGCCUGCGGAAAGUGGAGGUGAUGCCCCUGCAGCACCCACAGGGCACGGCGCCGCUCCACCCCUUAACCAACCAGCACCCGCGCCAGAGGCGGCCCGACCCCCCGCCACUGUGUUACCAGGGCAACAGGGCGUAAUGGCUCCAACUCCAGCCGCAGCCCCGCGGGUCUCCUCUGGUUCCCAGCCCUCGGCCAAUCAGCAGCAGGAGGAGAAGGACGACAGCUAUGACUCAGAUGACACGCCAACACUAGGCGUUCUGGACUUCAGUCUCCUUUAUGAGGAGGCGACCAGCAGCCUACAGUGCAACAUCCUCAAAGCCAAGGGCCUGAGACCAAUGGACUCUAAUGGGCUGGCUGACCCCUAUGUCAAACUGCACCUGCUGCCAGGGGCCAGCAAGGCCAACAAGCUGCGCACCAAGACCCUGAAGAACACGCUGACCCCUGUGUGGAGUGAGAUCCUGGUGUACCACGGCAUCACCGCAGACGACCUGCAGCGCAGAACACUCAGGCUGUCGGUGAGUGAUGAGGACAGGUUUGGCCAUAACGAGUUUAUCGGCGAGACGCGGGUGGCACUGAAGAAGCUGAAGCCGAACCAGAAGAAGGACUUCAGUGUCUGUCUGGAGAGGGUGAUACCGGUAAGAAGAACAGCAGUUGGUGGCUCAGUUCGAGGCAUGGCUCUCUAUGAUGACACGGUGAAGGAGGGUUCUGAGGCGGGCGGGGAGGAGAGGGGGCGUGUCCUGGUGUCCCUCACCUACAUCAGCCAGAAGGGGGAGCUCCAGGUGGGCGUCGUCCGCUGCGCUCACCUCAUCGCCAUGGACGCCAAUGGAUACUCCGACCCCUUCGUCAAGAUUUGUCUCCAGCCGGAUAUGGGGAAGAAGGGCAAGCGGAAGACUCAGAUCAAGAAGAAGACCCUGAACCCAGAGUUUAACGAGGAAUUCAACUUUGAAGUCAAACACGGAGACCUGGCCAAGAAGACCCUGGACAUCUCGGUGUGGGACUAUGACAGGGGCUCAGCUAACGACUUCAUUGGUGGGUGCCAGUUGGGCAUCUCUGCCAAGGGCGAGUGCCUGAAGCACUGGUACGAGUGCCUGAAGAACAAAGACCAGCGGGUGGAGCGCUGGCACGUGCUGCUCAACACCCAGCAGCCCCUCAGCGACUGA